AUGGUAGAUCCGUCAAAAUAUAACAACUCAAUGUAUUUUUACAUACCAUAUAUAUUUGAGGAGUUUGAAGAAGAAAUAAUGAAUAUGGCAGGAAAGUGUAUGGAUAUCGGUUGUGGUCCUGGUUAUCUUACAAGAUAUAUUCUUCUAUCUGCACUCGAUCCAAAAGCGGUAGUCGUUAGUAUGGAUAUUUCGGAAAACAUGAUCGGACAUGCCAAGGAAUAUAGUGACGAAGAAAGAUUUAGAUUCAAAGUAUUAGAUAUUGGAACUAAACAUAUACCUGAAAAAUAUUUUGAUGAAUAUGAUCAUGCAUUCUCAUUUCACGUUUUGCAAUGGUGCCCUGAUAUUCGACAAGCAUUUGAAAAUAUUUAUCGUUUACUUCGAUCUGGUGGAACCAUAUUAGCAUUAAUGUUUGAUUGGGUUAAACCUCAUAAAGAACUGAAAACAUUACUCAAAAGUAUUGGCUUCAAUGUUCUUCAUUGCAGUCAACGGAAGAGAAGCAUUACUAGCGAAGAUGCGCACAAGUUACCACAGAUGUUAUUAUCUUUUGUCACACAAUUCUUAGGAAACAUGCCCCAAGUCCUAGUGGAACAAUUUAAAGAUGAGUUUACAGAAGAAUAUAUGAGAAGGAGGUUUUAUUAUAGACAGACGUAUAAAAAGGGAGAAAGAAUUUUGUCAGAUAUAGAUGAAAUAUUAGUAGUUUAUACGCAAAAGGAUAAUAAUAACGUAUAA